UCCCGGUGGGUGUGUGUGUAUUGUGUAUACGUGUAUACGCACGCGUCAAUGUGUGUGUGUUCUUCGUGAGUUUAUGUAUCAAGGAUAUAAUAGUUUUAUUCAUUCGGGAACAAGGCACCUCAGACGGAGGAACGUCACCUGCACAGAUUUACACUGAGGAGUGUUUUACUGAAGAACUUUACUGUGAGACAAGAUGUUUCAGAUUAAAAAGAUUUGCUGUAUAGGCGCUGGGUAUGUUGGAGGUCCGACAUGUAGUGUCAUUGCCAGCAUGUGUCCCGAAAUCACAGUAACGGUGGUGGAUGUUAAUGAAUCCCGGAUCAAAGCCUGGAACUCUGAUACCCUGCCCAUCUAUGAGCCGGGUCUGAAUGAAGUGGUGUUGUCUUGUCGUGGGAAGAACCUCUUCUUCUCCACAGAUAUCGACUCUGCCAUUAAAGAGGCUGAUCUGGUCUUUAUUUCUGUAAACACCCCAACUAAGACGUACGGUAUGGGGAAAGGUCGUGCUGCUGACUUGAAGUUUAUUGAGGCAUGUGCACGCCGCAUUGUGGAGAUGUCGGACGGGUAUAAAAUUGUUACGGAGAAGAGCACAGUGCCAGUCCGUGCAGCUGAGAGCAUCCGUAGGAUAUUUGAUGCAAACACCAAACCCAGCCUCAACUUACAGGUUCUCUCUAACCCAGAGUUCCUUGCGGAGGGUACAGCAGUGAAGGACCUGAAGGACCCAGAUCGUGUCCUGAUUGGUGGAGAUGAGACUCCAGAGGGUCAAAGGGCUAUCAGUGCUCUCUGUGCAGUUUAUGAGCACUGGGUCCCUAAAUCACGCAUAAUCACCACCAACACCUGGUCCUCUGAACUUUCCAAACUGGCAGCGAAUGCAUUCCUGGCUCAGCGCAUCAGUAGUAUAAACUCCAUCUCUGCCCUGUGUGAAUCCACUGGUGCUGAUGUUGAGGAGGUGGCCAGAGCCAUCGGCAUGGAUCAGCGCAUUGGGAGCAAGUUCCUCAAAGCCAGCGUGGGUUUUGGAGGAAGUUGUUUUCAGAAGGAUGUGCUCAAUUUGGUGUAUCUGUGUGAGGCACUGAAUCUCCCAGAGGUUGCUUCAUACUGGCAACAGGUGAUAGACAUGAACGAAUAUCAGAGAAAGAGAUUUGCCUGUCGGAUCAUUGACUGCCUGUUUAACACAGUUACAGGGAAGAAAAUCGCCUUGUUAGGUUUCUCCUUCAAAAAGGACACAGGAGACACCAGAGAGUCAUCCAGUAUCUAUAUCUCUAAGUAUCUGAUGGAUGAAGGAGCAAAGCUGCAUAUUUAUGAUCCUAAAGUGCUAAAGGAGCAGAUAAUCCAGGACUUGUCUCAACCCAGCAUCUCCGGAGACAGCCCAGAGAGAGUUUGUGAUCUUGUAACGGUGACAUCAGACCCCUACGAGGCGUGUGAAAGUGCACACGCCCUGGUCAUCUGCACAGAGUGGGACAUGUUUAAGGAUCUGGAUUAUGAGAAAAUUUAUCACAAGAUGUUGAAACCAGCAUUCAUCUUUGAUGGACGACGAGUCCUGGACCAUCUGCACCCCCAACUACAGAACUUUGGCUUUCAGAUCGAGACCAUUGGAAAGAAGGUAACGACCCGAAUCCCCUUCACACCAUCUGGAGGAGUUCCUCGAGUCAAUGAACCACCCAUCAAGAAAGCCAAAGCCUAAGACACUGACACACACACACACAUGCAUGUGCACUUUAUAUUGAUUAAAGUCUUUUGCUGAGAAAACCAAAUUAAUGUGCGACCGUUCCUGGAAAACGACUGACUCCUCUGUUUGUAAAAAUGCAUGUGCUCUGUGUGUGUUGAACUGUUUAACAGAAUGUUUUUUUUUUUUUAAGACUGAAUUUUAUCUCUCAUAUUCGUUGGCAAAAUGCAGUGAUUUAAUGUUUUAAAGACUUUAUCAUCUGUCUUAGUUUGUUUUAAAUCAUCGAUUAUUUUAGAAUGUUUAAUAUACACACACACAUCAUGUAUGUAUGUGUGUGUAUAUAUAUAUAUAUAUAUAUAUAUAUAUAUAAACAGAAAUGACUGCUCAUAACUAGUGUUAAUGCAUUUCAACAUUCCACUACUGUUCAGUAGAGUAUUAUUGGUUAUGGCUAUCAGUGUAAUGGAUUUUAGUGGAAAAAUUACCUACUUAUUUGAGAGUGAUGUCUGAGGGAUGGUAAUUAUGAUAUUGGGACCAUGUGGGACACAGUGUAAAACAUUUGCCUUAAAUUUGGCAUGCGAGUACACCAUCAAAUAGCCGUUUGUCACCCAGUUAUUAAUCUUUUGCUAUAUAUUGUUGGACCUGCACUGUGUAUUAGUUAUUGUAGAGUCACAUCUGUAACUUUUAUAAAAUCAUCCAUUACUGUACAGGUUUGUAAUUGUCACGUACAACAAUUCCAGAGAAUGAUUUCUUAAAUAAAUAUGGACCAAUCAAAGAAGCACUGUCAUCUAUUCAUUUCACAGACUUAACAUAUGGAAGACAACCAUGGCUGAACCAAAAAAAUGCACAAUUAACAUGUAUUUACCCAAGUUUAAUUCAUAUUCUAAUUAUAUUACUUAGAUGAUGCACAAUAUACAGAUCAUUAAUCCAUUACUAAAACAAUCAAAUGUGUUCAUUUAAAGAAUGUUAUGCAACAAUUUUAUUGUGUAUAUGUAUACUUUACAGUGUUUAUAUGUUACUUGAAGGAAUAUUUCACACCAACAUGAAAAUGUACAUUUACUCACAAACUUGUGUAGUUCCAAA